AUGACGAUCACCGAAGUUGGCUGCAUGGGCGUUAAGCCAGGGCUGCGCAUUACAGAUCCCAACACUCCCGAAGGCGUUGUCCUUCCUGGCGUUUGGAAAACCGUCUUGUCCCAGCCGGGAGGUCCGCAAAACGUCCUCUGGGGUCUUGAGAAGGAAGAUCCGUCAAAGGUCUGGGCUUUCUUCGACUGGGAUUCGGUCCAGCAGCAUGAGGACUUUGCAAAGAAAUACGGUGCGGAAGCCGUGAAGGAUAUCCCGAAGGUGUGCACUCAUGGCGAGUUUACCAAGCACGUUGCUUUAACGCCGUCAAGUCAAGCACUCAGGUCGCCUUCAACGCGCAUCAUUAUUGGCUACUUCCCCUCAGAUAUCUCAGUUGGCGACAAAGACGCUAUAAUUCAGCAGGUACAGCGUGUACUCAUGGAGCGAAAUGACGAUUCUUCCGACUCUGUUCGUUGCAGUUAUGGAUGGGGUUUAGAGACCGACUAUCCCGUACGCGGCGCCAAUAAUGGAACGGCUGGAUCAGUUUUCAUGGUUUUGAUUGGUGAAAAGAUUGAAGGCGAGCAUCAGAUUGUUGCUAGUCGGCUGGCUCAUGCAAUCAGGGACAUGGAGAACUCAAUCGGCUUGCAUGAAUUCACAUUACAGACUCUGCAGCAGGAAAGAGAGUAA